AUGGCCGUCCACACAAUCUGCGUCCUGGACACCAUCGUCGUCCACCAGCAAGACCUGUCGGCCCUCACAGCUUCCCUGAUCCAGCACGCUCAGGACGUGUCCUCUCGCCAUGCACUGAUCACCCUGGACCCACAGGGCACCGCAUCGCUGCACACUCGCCACUCCACACUACAAGUGUCCACCGACACCGUCAGGACCGCUGUGUGGAACAGCAACACAUUCAGCAAGAACCCUGUCACUUUCCUCUGGAAGAAAGUGCACGCUCGGUUCCAUGACGACGUAUGGCUUUCUUCUGAGCAAUUCGUAGCGAAAUUACAACGGAUUCGCCCCUAUGACGAUUCCAAUACCGCCAAGAAACGCGCCAAGAGAGUCACAGGACUGGCAUUGGCCCUUGCCGCUGCUGUUGCCUCUCAUCAGGGGGAAAUCCACCCCAGAAUCGUCACCUUCUUGAAUGGGCCCUGUACGAAGGGCCCCGGGAAAAUACUGUCCCGGGAGAGAAACCGCCACAUGAGACAGUUCCAGCAACUGUUCAAUGACGAGCAGAAUCAACAAUGUAGACGUGCCAAGAAAUAUUACGAUACGUUGCGUGAUUGCACUGCCGCCAACAACAUCUUGUUCGAUCUCUUCAUUUCGUCGUUGGAUGAGAUCGGGUUCCUGGAAAUGAGUGCAUUGUUUGACAAUUCCAUCGCCGUGCAACAAUUCGAUUCGUUCCAGAAUGAAAGAUUUACCAUUUGCAUCAGAAAGUACUUCCAAUUAUGCAGCAACAAGGAACUACAACUACCUCACGCCGAUGCAAAGAAACAAGAAUUAAUAAACUUGAUUAAGGGUCUAUCACCUUUCCAACCACCUGCCCCUGCCCCUGCCGCUGCCGCCAACCUACUACCCAAUUACGACAAUCAAACAUUGAUGAACUCCCCCAUUUUCAACAUUCAGGGACUCUCCCCAGAUGAAAGAGCACUCACUCUACACCAAUUCGCAACAACUGACACCUUAGCAUUAUUCACCCCCAUCUUACUAGACAUGAACACGGGCCCACCAUUCACACAACUCCCCCUAACACAGCAAACCCUCUUGGACAAUCAAUAUAACUGUAUAUUCGUAGAUGGAGGGAACUUUAUAGGAUUGAUUGGUUCCAACGACCUGGGCAUCGCACACAUGGACAAAGUGCGUAAUGAAAGGUUCCCGACUCCAAGAAUAGUAGAUUUUAAUGACGGUACUACUUCCAGCCAGGAUAGAUAUUUAAGAUGUAAGUUGACUAAGUAA